AUGUUAUCGCUUGGUAUGACGGCUGGUCGGGUGAUAGCACCUAUACGUGAUUUCAGCAUGAGUUUUAGAGAGCCUGGAGGUUACGAAGAACCCAGGCAGGCCGUGGGCAGCAUCACUCUAAGGUCUAGAGUGUGCGUCAGAAUCGCAGAGGGGGAGUCCGGGCAGAUAUCGAUUUUCACCGAAAGCACCAGCCGAGUCACGGUUAGGGAGAGCGUGCAUAUCAAUGCACGGCAGAUUGCCCGCAGGACAUCUACCACCCCUCGCGACGUUCGGGCCUCAACAGCUAUGCGGAGUGCACGGGAUUGGCUCAACCAUAAUGUCGAAGAGGGGGGCGUGCACAUGAUACUUGUCCGCGAGUCCCCGCGACGCCGUACAGGCAGUCUUACCGGGUGCCCGAGACACGGCUGUUCCGGGUUAGUCCGACUUCCCGGGGUGUUGAUUAGCUGGAAGGGUUGGAGGGCCAUCGGGUGCUACCGCUGCUGCGCGUUGUGCUCGGAGGACAAAUCGUACCUUUUGCUCAACAAAGGGUGGUCGGCAGUGUCCAACGCCCUAAUCCCUGUUUUUGAGGAGGCAAUCAAGUCACUUCGGGCCGGCGACCAGGAUUCCGCGGACCGGAUUUUGACCGAGAAUGGAAUGCGGACGGCUCGGGCUGCUGGCCUACGGCUAGAUACGCUGUGGGCGGACUCACGUGUCAUCGUGCAGCAUGGGGUCAACGUCACCGAGACUGACCUGUUCACUGCUGGCCCGGGACGUUUCUCGGUCGGGUCGGCCGACCUACGCCACCAGGCUCCUCGCCCCCCAACGACGGAUUGUGGCCCAGUACCCGCACGGGAGCUAAGUACGGGUGACAGGGGUGACAGACUUGGUACUUGGGGUGUAGGAGCGCCACCCGUCAGCUUGAGUCAUACGGUCGGCAGCGGAGAGGUCCCCGUGCACCUGGCCGUUGAACAGCCGACCGGGGACACGAGUGGGGCCUCGGACAGGUUCCUUACCCGCCAAAAUCGGGUCCCCACCCACAAAUCCUCCCCGAUCUCAUUGCAAUAUUUCUAA